GAUCGCCGAGUACCACGAGGAUCCGGAUCUGAGCUGCGAGGGCUCCCAGGCGACAGUGAUGGACUGGCCACGUUUGCGGCAGGCCUUUCGACCCGAAGCUGACUGGUACCACGAGGCCAAGUAUUUGGUUUACAGCCGCAGCUUCCAGGCAAAUUGGCUGGCCAGCAUGGAGGAAUGCGCCUACGGCUUUGCCAUGGUCUCCCUGUACAAGCUUGUCAUCUGUGCAGAGACGCAGGCGGAGUGCGUCAACCAGUAUGCGGUGCUCAUCGACAACCUGUUCCGAGAGCGGGACUGGCGCGAGGUUGCUGGGAACGCCUGGCACCUGUUCGGCUUCUUGGAUCGCGUGCGACCAGCCUUGAAGCGCCACGAGUUCCGCCUGGAUUUCACCCCGGCAGAGCUGCAAGGCCAGCUUCCGUCUCUUGAACUCCUCUUGGACGGCGAGUCGCCCCCGGAGGAGUUCCAGGGCGUGAAGUUGUCACCUUCAUUUGCUGGCGCGGUCUCGUCCGUCCUGGCAGAUCUACCGAAGACGUAUAUGGCCACUUCGAAGGAUGCGGUGGGGUUGGAGGCUCGGCGCUUCCUGUACGUGACGAUGGUUUUCGGGCAGCAGUACGUUCCCUAUAUCCCACGCUUCGUGUCACGAGCUGAAGCACUUGGCCUUUCGAACCUCGUCCUGUUCUGCCUGGACGAAGAGGCUCUGCAGCUGUGCCGCUCGCUGCCGCGAGCAGAGAGGUGCAUUCCUGGUACGCCCUCGAUCCUCAACAAGUUUACACUGCCAGGCUCUUUUUGCUGUGGAGGUUGCGUAGCCGGCACAGGGAUGGGCAUGUUGAGGCAGCUCUGCCUGGCUCUAGUCUGCUCGGGGCUCCUGGCCCAGAGCAAGGAAGCCUGUGUGGAAGGCAGCGCCCACGGUGCCAGCCUGGCACAGCUUUGGAUUCGUCGUGCUGGGGCUUUCUGCGAGGCGGACCUUUCCGAACUGAGGACGGUGACUCUCCUCGUCCACUGCCGCCAGACGCGAGAGGUCUGCGAGCUGCGGCGGCCCCUGAUCCUCUCCUACAGGCCCUUCUUCCGGGAAGUCCGCUGGCUGCUUUCCUGGCCCAACUCGACUGGCCAGCUGCGAGCGGAGGAGCAUCUUUGCGAGAAGCCAGGGGACCCGUACCUCUGCGUGACGCAGGUCGGAAAACAGCUGGAGAGGGAUGGAACCGCUUCCACAGGCAUCCUCUACAUGCACUUCGAUGCCGUCUUGGCACCCUGCUCCUUUGCCCAGCGCUUCGAUGCCCGUAAGAUUGGCACUUUCGGCUCCAAGGCUCAGCUGCGCUGGGACACCUUCGAAGGCCUGGACCGCUGCAACGGAAUCAACGCCGUAGGCUUCGAGUCCCUCCCAAAUCUGCACUGUCCCUGGCACCUGUGGGAGUCCAACCGCCUGCGCUUGCGGGAUGCCCUGGCCGAGCUCCGACACGCGGGGGUGUUGUCCUUUCCGGCGGAGCUGUCGCAGGGCUGUUGGACUGGCUACGACGACCUGUUUUACUUGCCGUGGCCAGCUCUUCACACCUACGGAGUUCUGGCCGAGAUCUUUGCACGGCACAAUGUCCAUCACGAGAUAGCAGGGCCAACAGCCCUGGCCGUCGCGAGCCUGAAUGGCCUCGAGAUGCAGGACUUCGGUUGCAAAGUCGGGGUUCUGAAUCCUCUCACCUUGCGGGUGGUGACUGCGCCCGACUUCGUUUGUGGUCAUGAGGUACAUUACCAGGAAGAGGGCAUGGUGGAGGCUGUGGAAGCAGUCAUCAAAGGAAACGCCACUCUCCUGCUCCAAGCCGCGAAUGAACAGCGAAAUUUCCUGCACAUCCUCGACUGGGGUGUUUGGGGGGAACUGCCUGCUAUGUGCAUCUUACUCGGGGCAGGGUUAGCUUUGUGUCUGUGUCCGGACACUCGUGAUCGGGUCCUUUCCUCAUACAUUGUGUGCGCGAUUUAUGUGCUGAUUUCAGUAGUCAUCGACCUGUCUAUGGCCGUUCAGUCCAUCCAGGCGCCCCAUGAGGAUUACAAAUUCGAGCCCAUGUGUGCGGUCCUGCUUACAGAGCUUCUGAAGCUCGUGGUUUCCCUUUGCCUAAUCCUUUAUGCCCAAUGCAGCCAUCGCAGCACUCAGAUGAUGCCAAGCGCAGAAGACGUGGCGUGGCUUGUGCUACCGGCAGCAAUUUUCACCUUGAACAACAUCUUGGUGUGGUGGUCCAUCGGCAGGAAUGAUAUCUCUACUUUCGGAGUCUUCCGGGACACCAUGAUCCUUUGGACAGCCUUUCUUUGGCGGAUGGUCUUCGGGGUUCCCUUGGGGCCGACUCGCCUGCUGGCCAUUGCUGUGUUGGUCUUCGGCCUGGCUCUGAACCAGCUCGAGAACUUGCUACAGAGCCGCUUCUCCUGGCCCCUGUUGCUGGUGCUGUUGAUGACUGCUUGCAAUGCCAUGGGAUCUGUGGUGAACGAGUUUGCAUUGAAGCGCCGGGACGGCAUGGACAUCAAUGUCCAGAAUGCUAUUCUGUACGCAGCAGCUGUAGCGUUCACCGCUCUUCUGAUCCUGGUUUCCGGGAGAGUCAGAGGCCUGGAUCUUUACAAGCAUGGCAUCUUCCAAGGGUUCACAAGACACACCAUGUUCACGGUGAUCAUGCAGGCCUUCGCAGGACUGGCUGUCUCCAGGAUACUCAAAUACUCGGAUGCCGUGCAGAAGAAUAUUGCCGCAUGCCUAAGAGGCCCUAUUCUGGUUGUCAUCUCGCCUGCUUUUGUCCGCUCCUCUGCGAACAUGCUCACCUUCGUCUCUGCCGCGAUAGUCGCCUCAGGCUGCGUUAUCUACUUGCACCAGGGACCUCUAAGUGCCAGCAAUAGCAGCAAGGACAAGAGCCGCAGUGCGUCUCACUGA